UUAAUACUAGUACAAGUUCGUAACUUUUAAGAUAAAGAAGGAGAAAAUAAUUAGUCGAAUUUUGUUGCGUUUUAUAUAUCGUUAAUUCAGUACUAUCAAUUCAAUCGUUAGCAUAAACCAUGUUUAAUAGAAACGUAAAAACCAUUAUUUGUAUCGAUUACCACAUCGUGAUUUGAUUUUAUUUAUUGUUUCUUACAUAUAUACAUGUAUACAAAUAGAAUUAUUUAUCAUAGUAUCUUUGAAGGAUAAAUGUAUAUACGUAAUUAUUUUAAAAUGGUAGAAGUUGUGAACCAAUAUAUAUGUAUAUACAUAUGUUUUGUGUGUGUAUGUAUAUGUACAAGAUUUUUUUUUUAAUGAAAUAUCUCGAUCGGUAUUUCCACAUUUCGUUUGUAAUGCCAUCUAACAAGAAUUAUUUGAAGCAUUCAAAGUCAGUCGAGAAACGUCCAUAUUACGUCAAAGAAUUCGAAAAUUUAAACGUAUAAUCGGUAUAAUAGAAAGCUUAGGAUCGUGCAGUUUGCUCGUGAACGUUGUACUUGUUGCACAAAAAGUAUCAUUCGUAACUUGCUCAAAUCGUGCCUACCUCAGUUCUCAUAAAAUAAGAUAGAUUUAAUGAAAGAACAUCGUUAGAAUUGAUCAUAUUGAAAUAUUUAAAUCGUGUUGUUUACGAAAUAAGUUUGAACUAACCGAAAGAAAAAGAAAAACUUGUCGAACGAUGCAUUGUUACAUUGAGGACAUAUUAUCAUAACAUGGCGACUAAAAGCAGGGAAUACAAAGGCUUUUGUAAAUUAUAAUUUAGUUAGGAGCGAGUACUCCAAAAGAUCCAGUAUAAUUUGUAAUUUAAAAAAACUAAAUCUUAGUCAAAAUUUAUAAAUGAAAGGCCUAUAGAAAAUUCUUUGACAACAUUCCAUGAAUUAUUCAUAAGUGCACAAAGGACAUCAAAAUAUAUAAAGAUAACAAAGAACAAGAUAUAUGGGUUUAAAGCAAGAAUUUCAUGGUUUAUAAUCAUUUAUUUAAUUUCUUUAACUAAUUUUUUGAUAAUACACCUGCAUAAAACUUUAUUAUGCUGCUAAUUUGAAUAUAAUUUAAAAAUAUAGAAAAAAAUAUUGCAUAGUUUAUCUCAUUAUUUAUAUUUUGCUUUUUCGUAUAUUGCUUGUUUUGAGAAUACCAUGACAAAAUAUUAUUGAAUUAAAUGGAUUUGCUAUUUUGAUCUUUGGAUAUUUAUUUCAUUGCAGUAUCAUUGUUUGUUUUAAUGUUAUUAUUAAAUAUAGUAUAUACUGUGCAAUUGUAGUUCGAUAUAUUAAUGUAAAUAAAAAAAUUAAAUUUAAUAACGUACAUAUAAUAAAUAUACAAGAGAAUUAAGGGGAAUGUGCCUAAGUGAAAAUAAUACAGAAGCAAAGUUAUUUGCCUUUAUAUCUUGUGCCUUGAACAUAUUAGAUAUUGCUGUAAAUAAAGUUGAAUGAUUUAUAAAGUUAUUUUGAUUGGGAUGUUAAAAUAGGUACAACGCUCAUUUGUAACACAAUUUAGUGUUGCGUUAGAAUUAUCAAGAGCAAGCUUCUUAGUGCUUUUUAAUACUAUAUUAAUUAUGUAUCACACUAUGUAUCCACCACAAAUGAUGGUGCAGAUUAUGGGUGGCCAACAUGCGAGUGGACAAUAUCUAUCAACGCCAACACAAAUGGUACAUAUUAAUAGUACAAAUGUAUUAUCACCGGCAGAAUAUACACAGUAUAUACCUGAUGUGUCUGGCCAUAAUAGGCAUCAUAUGAUGCAGACUGGAAGUUAUCCAUUGGAAUUAUUGCAAUUAAUGGGUGUUGAAAUUCCUUCAUUGCGGCACAUAGAUUAUGUCAGUAAUGUAGGUACUGGUUCUGGUUCAGGAAACUGGCCAAGGCGAAUUAUUCCGCCAAACAAUACUUCCCCUCUACAACCGCCCUUGCAUCUAAAUUUUAGACCAUCAAAUAAUAAUUCAAUAAAGAAACAACAUUGGAGUAAUAAAACAAGUAAAAAAAGUUCGUAUAGAGAAAACUUUUUGUAUAAUGAUAAAUAUAAUAGUGACAGUGGCUUUAGUUCCCGUUCUCCAACCCCCAGUAAAUAUCAAGCUGAUAGUAGCCAGAAUGAAAGUUCAGAUGAACGGGAUUCUAUAACAUCUUCAAUUGAGCGAGGAAUCAAAAAGUUACAUAGAGUGCAAUCAGACUAUAGUAUUGUAAAUAAUAAAAUUACAGAAGAGGGUUUUAUUUCAAGUGCCUCAGCACAUCAAUUUUAUCAAAAUCAACGACCCGUUAAUUAUUAUCCUGCUUUUUCAACUCCCAGAUCAUUACAAAAUUAUCAGAAUAAAAGGAGAUAUCAUACAGGUAAAGGUAGUCCACCCCCUCAAAGAUCUCAACGGGGUAAAAAAUUCACAGGAGUAAUAUUACCAGGUUACAGUAUGUUCCCUAGGUGUUACACAGCUCCAGAUCGAUUUCUCGCUAGAUCUCAUCUUAUUGAAGUAAAUUACACACCAGCUGAUUUAAUAACUGGAACCGUGUGGGACAAACUUUCGCAGGAUAUUUGGAAGAAGUUUAUUACAAAUCAGCAAACUGAAGUUGUUUAUAGAAAUAAAAUGAAUCUUUGGAAAUAUCUCUAUGUUUUAAUAAAGGGAACAUUUCCAAAAUAUGGAUUAUUUUUGGUUGGUUCAACAAUGAAUGGUUUUGGAUCUGACAAUAGUGAUGUAGAUAUGUGCUUAUUAGUGAGACAUACGGAAAUGGAUCAAAGAAACGAAGCUAUUGCCCAUUUAGAACAGAUAUUAAGGUGUCUCAAACGAUCUGAUAUUAUAACACAACUUGAACUUAUACAAGCAAAAGUUCCAAUCUUGAAGUUUCACGAUGCUAUGCAAAAUUUAGAAGUUGAUCUCAAUUGCAAUAAUGCUGUAGGAAUACGUAAUACUCAUCUCCUUUAUUGUUAUUCUCAAAUUGACUGGAGAGUAAGACCUUUGGUUCUAGUUGUCAAAUUAUGGGCUCAAUGUCAAAAUAUAAAUGACGCCAAAAACAUGACGAUAUCUAGUUACUCUUUAGUUUUAAUGGUCAUACAUUUUCUACAAUGUGGCGUCAAUCCUCCAGUUCUUCCAUGUUUACAUUCUUUAUAUGUAGGAAAAUUUGGACCGCAUACAGAUAUUCAUUCCAUAGAUAUUAAUGAGAAAUUAAACAUUCCACAUACAUGGUUUUAUCCUACAAAUCGUCAAUCGCUCGGAGAACUUUUUGUAGAAUUUUUUAGAUAUUACGUCACAUUCAAUUUCAGCCAAUAUGCAAUUUCUGUACGUUUGGCACGUAAAAUACCAAUAGACGAAUGUAGGAGAGCACGAUCGUUAAAAAAUGAUCCACAUCAAUGGAAAUGUCUAUGUAUCGAAGAACCAUUUGAUUUGACAAAUACUGCUAGGUCGGUGUAUGACCCAGAUGUAUUUGCAAGAAUCAAGCAGAUAUUUGAUUGUACCUACCAAAAACUAAAGGAAGGUCAUAAUUUAGCAAGCAUCUUUGUCAAAGUUAAUACUAUAUCAUCUUUUGCUAUGACAUAAUGAUAUCCUAAAUAUUAGUGCUUAAGAAUAUAGGCACUAUGUAGGAUAAUCAGGUGCUUCCACAUAUUUUGCGUUAGCAAUGAUCCUCUUUUAAGCUAGAGGUAUUUUGAAUAUUUGUCACCUAACGGUGUAAGAAACGAUAUACACUGUGAUGAAAUAAUUCUGAGCUUGUCUCAGUUCAAUGUGAUCAUACUUGUGAUAAUAAUUUAGCAUGAAUUCAUCUUAUUUCAUUGAUGUGUUAAGAGUAAAACUGCAAAUAGUGUCCCUUUUUUUCUCUAUUUUGUCUGCAAUUAUUUUCUAUGAAAAUCUCAGAUUAUUUUUUAUACAUCUUUGAUAUCAUUUCACUCCUAAUAUGAUCGAAUAUGAAUUAUUUUGGUGAUAUUUACGUACAUACUCUUUAAAUAUUUUUCAUUAUGAGAAAAAGGGAUAUAAACAUAUAGACUGUGAAACGCUUCCUAAAAAAAGUAUUAGUUAUGUGAAAUGUGAAAUGAAUAAAUAAGUUUAUCCUGAUGUAUAUUAAAAAUUAUAUAGUGCGUAACAGAAGAAACAUGUUACUUUACAUAGAAAUCUUUUGCAUCAUUAAACGAAGCUGUGGUGCCUUGUGUUUAUCACUUUUUAAUAACUAAGAUCUCGUGCGGUGCCAGCCAAUUCGAUAGUUUCGUUAAGAUUUGUCGUAGACAAAAUUACAGAAAUAUGGACAAGACUUACUCUGCACGUGUGUUCUAAUGUCGUCUCGGCAUUAAUAUAGAAUAUUAUAAAUUUUUGCUGAAAUUAAUUUAUAAAAAUUAAAAACAAAAAAAAAUAUAAAUGAGAUAUAGCGUAAUAUUUAUGUAUACUGCAGAGAAAGUUCUACAUAUAUAAAAGUAAAGUGACACUGUAACGAAAUUGUGUUAUUAAGCGAAAUAUCGAAAAGAAAGAGGAAAAGAAAGAAACAGAAGAAGAAAGAAAAAAAGAAAGAAAGAGAGAAAGAAAGAAAGAAAGAAAGAAAGAACCAAAAAAAAAACAAAAAAGAAUAAAACAAAAAAUGGUACUUAUUAAUAUAAAACGUUACUGCCUACAAUACAGAGUGCACUAGUGUAGGAUGUAACAAUAGUUAUAAAGUAAUUAUUUUGAAACUAUUAUAACAAAAUAAAACAAAACAAAACAAAAAAAAA